AUGAACAAGAUCAUAUCGCUCCUCUUUGCUUCCUUAGCCCUUUUGUCUACAUUUAUAUAUACUGUUUCUGCACACUCCUGGGAGAACCAUGUCCUUGCGGCCCAUAAUGCUGCUCGCGCACGCCACGGUGCCUGCCCUUUGACGUGGAGCGACCACUUAUAUGACCUAGCACUGCAUCAUGCGAGGCGUUGUAAGAUUGGACCUUCUAAUUCUCAUCUAUAUGGAGAGAAUCUUGAAUUCCUCCAUAUCCCGAAUGGUGGCAUCAAGGAAGCCGUAGCAGGAUGGAUGGCUGGAGGUCGUUUAUAUAACUUCCGUAACCCUGGAUACACUACGGGAUCUAGUUUUUUUACCCAAGUUGUCUGGAAAGCUACAACGCAAGUCGGAUGUGCCGCUGUAACGUGUCCUCCUUUUACGAUCUACCCUGGCAACCCGGCGACAAACAUUGUUUGUUACUAUAAUCCUCGAGGCAAUGUCCCCGGCCAAUUCGCUCAAAACGUCGGCCCCCAUGUUUGA